AUGCCUGCCGAGGCUCAGCAGGCGUCGCCGGCGGACGGCAAGGCGGCGGCGGGCAGCGGGGGCCAGCAGACGACGCUUGGCAAGCGCCCGGCCGAGAGCGGCGCCGUCGCCCCGCUCCCGUCCAACAUGGCGCUGCCGAACGCCGUCGUGCAGCGGCUCAUCAAGUCAAAGCUGCCGGACGGCGUGAUGCUGCACAAGGACGCGCGCGCCGCGUUCAACAAGUCGACGUCAAUCUUCAUCCUGAUGCUCACCACCAUAGCGAGCGACAUCAGCAGGGAGGCGAAGCGCUCGACGGUGACGGGGCAGGACGUGCUCAACGCACUCAAGGCGAGCGAGCGGCCGCCCUCCCCCGCCGGCUCGGCAGCUUGGCGAGAGCGCGGCCCGCCUC